AUGCCUGGAACAGAUUGGGCUCGUUCUUUCUUACAACGACAUAAGAAAGAUAUUAGCCAAAAAGUUGCAUCGAACAUCCAGAGAGCUCGGGCUAAUGUUUCAAGGGAAGAUAUAGUCCAAUAUUUCGAAAAUUUGAGUGAAACGUUAAAGCAUAUCCCAGCUUGUAUUAUAUUCAACUACGAUGAAACAAAUGUGCAGGAUGAUCCCGGAAAACAAAGGUUGCUUGUUCGGCGUGGUACAAAAUACCCUGAAAGGAUAUGCAACUUUACCAAAACUCCUACUACCAUAAUGAUGUGCGGGUCGGCUUCUGGUGUGCUGCUUCCACCAUACGUCAUAUGUAAGGCCGAGAAAAUGUGGAAGCAGUGGAUUGAGCCCGGUCCCAAGGACGAGCCUUGCUGCAACAAUAGGUGCUGCAGUGUAGGAUCACGAUAUAAUCGAACCCAACAUGGAUGGAUGGACGCUCAAACGUUUACAGAUUGGCUUGAAUCAGCUUUUGUUCCUCAUGCAAAAUCUCUUCCUCGUCGGAAUGUGUUAAUUGGAGACAACCUAUUGGCAGUGUAG